AUGUCAUCGUCGGUCUUCCGGGUUAAAGAGCACAUCAUCAAUUGCCACCAUACAAGAGAGUACCCCGCGGCGACGAAGAACGGCGACACCGAUAUCCCACGACUCGCUGUGAAGCAGUACAUCCCUAUGGACAAUGCCAAUCCGCAGCCGGGUGAUGUGACAAUCGUCGCCGCGCAUGCCAAUGGUUUUCCAAAGAUCGCCGAUGUGUGGAAUCAGGGUCAGUCGGGUAUACUGAACGAGGAUAUACUCGGCAACGACCCGGGCUGGUUCGACCAUUCCAGAGACUUGUUACGCUUGAUUAACGAGAAACAAGACGAAAUGCCACAUCCUCUCAUUGGAAUAGGACACAGCAUGGGCGGGACACAGCUUGCAUACCUAUCGCUGGCGAACCCCCGCCUACUCCGCUCUCUUGUCCUAAUUGACCCAGUCAUUCAGUCUACCAAUGCCGGCAUCAUACCAGGAGUCAGCUCCACAUCUCGCCGCGACGUAUGGCCAUCAAUGGACAAAGCAGUCUCGAGCUUCCGCAGAAGCAAACUCUACCGGUCGUGGGAUCCUCGGGUAUUGCAGCAUUGGAUAGAAUACGGUCUUCGCCCUAUGGAGCCAGAUACACACGCUGCCCCUGACAACUCAAGAAACAACAGCCCAGUUACACUCGCCACCUCAAAACACCAAGAGCUUUUCUUGUACCUCAGGCCGACAUACCGAGAGACCCCCGGCGAAAGAUACACAGAUUACGAACCCUCCACGGACAGAUCACAGCCAGAAAGUUAUCCGUUUUAUCGCCCCGAGCCAAUGCAGAUUUUCCGACGUUUGCCCGAGCUCCGCCCCAGCGUUCUUUACAUUUUCGGCAAGGACUCAUACUUCGCUACUCCUGAGCUUCGAGAGCCUAAGAUUGUUAGGACUGGGACUGGGGUUGGAGGCAGUGGGGGAGUUGCUGCGGGUAGGGUUCAAGAGGCUGUCCUCGAUUGUGGACAUAUGAUUCCCAUGGAGCAAAUUGAGGAAUGUGCAAAAGAAACGGCGAACUUCGUCGCUUCUGAAGCAUCACGAUGGGAAAACGAGAGGAGGGCGUUUGAAGAAUACCAGAAUGCGCGAACGAUGCGCGAACAGAUGACAAUUGAUGAACGGUGGGUGGAUGAAGUCGAUCCAGCGAAGCAUCAGCCUAAGUUGUGA